AUGCCAAGUCUUGACAUUAAUGGAUUACCACAAACUGAAGAGGAAAUUGAUUUUACAGAUAUAGAAGAGAAGUAUAAAGUUUCUUUUGAAAAAGGGCUUGAUACAAUUAUAGUAGUUGAUAAUGCACCAGUUGUUGAUCAGAGUAGAGUAGCUAAAUUAUUAACUUUUAUAAAAAAGAUUUUUAAGAAUGUUGGCGAGAUUAAGGAAAAUGGCAUUUUCAUGCCAAUGGAUCCUGAACCUGAACCUGAAACUGGGAAAUUAAAAUCAAGAGGUCUAGCAAUUAAACAGUAUGAUGGAUAUCCUAUGGAUAAAACACAUUACCUUGCUUUAAAUCAUUUUACUGAUAUUGAAAAAUAUUCACAAAUUGAAGAAGAAUACAAAGAGCCAGAAGAAGAAAAAUUUGUGGAAAAGGAACACUUAAGGAGUUGGCUUACUGAUCCAUCUGCAAGAGAUCAAUUUGUUUUAUAUCAUAAUGAUGACGUUCAUAUUUUUUGGAACAAAAAAAAAGAGCCACCAGAAGAAGUUUAUAAAAGAACUAAUUGGACAGAGACUUAUGUUCAAUGGUCACCGUUAGGAACAUACCUUGCAACAUUUCACAGACAGGGUAUUGCUUUAUGGGGUGGAUCAAGUUGGAAUAAGAUUACUCGAUUUUAUCAUCCUAAUGUAAAACUUAUUGAUUUUUCACCAAAUGAAACUUAUCUUGUUACAUGGAGCAAUGAACCAAUAAGCUUGGGACCUAAUGGAGGCCCAGGAAUACCUUUUGGACCAGAUGAUGAAGGAAAUCAAAUUAUUAUAUGGGAUGUUCGCUUUGGUGUGUCGCUCAGAUCUUUUCCUUCCACAACAACAUCACCAACAGGUGAACUAUCAUCUCAAAAAAUCAUAUGGCCAAUAUUCAAAUGGUCUCCAAGUGACAAGUAUUUUGCUCGAGUAACACAAGAUCAACAAAUAUCUGUUUAUGAAACUCCUGAAAUGGGCUUGCUUGAUAAAAAAAGUAUAAAGAUUGAGGGUGUAAUGUUUUUUGAAUGGGCUCCGACUUCUGAAAAAUCCAAACAAUUGGGUGGGAAAAAAUCUGAAGAAUUUCUUUUAAGUUAUUGGACACGUGAAAUUGACAAUCAACCAGCUAGAGUUACUCUUUUGAAAAUCCCAUCUAAAGAAGUAUUAAGAAUAAGGACUUUAGUUAAUGUUAAAGAUGUAAGUGUGUCAUUUCAAAUCAUUCAAAACAAAAAUAAAUACAAACAUAUUGAUCGACAUACCAAAACCAAAAAAUCAACUUAUGCUACUUUGGAAAUUUUUAGAAUAAGAGAAAAAGAUAUUCCUGUUGAAGUAAUUGAAAUAAAAGAUACUGUGAUAACUUUUGCUUGGGAACCAAAUGGUGAACGUUUUGCAAUUAUAACAACAAAUGAUCCUAAUUAUGGACAACCUGGAGUUGCAUCAAGAACAAAUGUAUCCUUAUAUUAUCUUGAAAAACCCAAACCUGGGAAAAGCAGUGUUGCUAAUUUUAAACUUAUUAUUGAUCGACAUACCAAAACCAAAAAAUCAACUUAUGCUACUUUGGAAAUUUUUAGAAUAAGAGAAAAAGAUAUUCCUGUUGAAGUAAUUGAAAUAAAAGAUACUGUGAUAACUUUUGCUUGGGAACCAAAUGGUGAACGUUUUGCAAUUAUAACAACAAAUGAUCCUAAUUAUGGACAACCUGGAGUUGCAUCAAGAACAAAUGUAUCCUUAUAUUAUCUUGAAAAACCCAAACCUGGGAAAAGCAGUGUUGCUAAUUUUAAACUUAUUAAAACUUUGGAGAAAAAAACUUCAAAUUCAAUAUUUUGGUCUCCACAUGGUCGACAUUUUGUUUUGGCUACCCUCAGAUCACAGUCAGUUUUUGAUUUAGAGUUUUGGGAUUUGGAUUUUGAAGGAUUUAGUGGUGAACGAGGAGAAUCAUCAACAAAGAAUGAUCCAGCUGCAUCUAUUCAACUUAUGAGCACACAAGAACAUUAUGGAGUAACUGAUAUUGAAUGGGAUCCUACUGGUCGAUUUGUAAUAAGUAGUUCUAGCAUGUGGAGACAAGGGAAUGAUAAUGGAUACACAAUAUGGGAUUUCAAAGGCACAUCAUUACAAAAACAUUUAAUAGAUAAAUUCAAACAAUUAUUAUGGAGACCUCGCCCUAAAAGUUUGUUGAGUAAUGAACAAAAACAGAAAAUCAAAAAGAAUCUACGAGAAUAUUCUAAACAAUUUGAUGAAGAAGAUACAUUAGUGCAAACAUUUGUAUCUAAAGAACAGAUAGCACAUCGUCGUAGACUUAUGGAUGAAUGGAAUGCCUGGCGUAAGCGUGUUGAGAAAGAAUUGAGUGAAGAGAGAGAAAAAGCAGGCUUCAAACCAACUUCAAAACAUGUUGAAGAAAAUGUUGAAAUUGUUGAAGAAUGGAUUGAAGAGGUUGUGGAAGAACUUGAAGAAGUUAUUGAUGAUUAA